AAAGAUAAUCUAUUGUGAACUUUGUACCAAACCCGCACUAUACAACAUAGCAGACCCCACCAACUCUUUGCAAGCCUGUUGUCUUUCAGUGAAUUUAUCAAUCACAGUAUAGUAGGUGGUGGUGGUGGUGGAAGGAAUAUAAUCACUGUGUGGUUCUGUCACAGCUUUCAAACAAAACACAAGCAACACACACAGACACACAAACAGACAUAGUUGUGAUUUUAUAUACUUCCUUCAUGGAUGUGAGAACUUCCUCGACCUUAUGGCUUCUCUUCCUCACCACACAAUGUGCCACAGCACUGCUCUGCUACCAAUGUCAAAGCAAUUUCACUCACUCAGACUGCGAAAAUAAUCUUAAACUAAAAGAAUUUGUAGUGAAUUGUAAGGAUUCCUACUGUGCUGUGGAGAGCCUAUAUAUUGAUGGUAAAACAAACAUAUUCAGCAGACACUGUAGCAAUGGAAGCAUGACAAUUGCUAACAAUCCCAAGAUGAAGCACCUUAAUGCUGAGACCAACAUCACUGUGUAUGCACGCAGAAAGGGAGCAGUGGUUGCUGCUUCCAUCUGCAACAAAGACUACUGCAAUGGCCCAGCAAACACCUCCCCAAAACUACGUCUACAAUUUUCCCUUAUUAUUCUCUCUAUUUCUCUCUUCUACACUUUUCUUUCAUUCGCUUCAUUUAACACUUUAAACAGUCAUCACAAUUAAUUGUAUUGCCACCUGUGUGUUUGUUUGUGUGUGUGUGUGUAUAGGUAGAUAGAUAGAUAGACAAAUAGAU